CAAAUCAAAAUAAAACAAGAUACUGAUCAAACAGAGAAUUGAUAGUCUUUCACCAACUGUGUAUCUGAACAGAGGAAAGCCCUCUAAACUUGCCUCCAACCAUUCUUGAUCGUUGAAGAGAAACCGCGGUUCCUCAAUAAAGCAGCGGUCAUCGUCGGUGGCUAUGGCUCGGGCAACUGGUCGGAUCAGGAAUGGGACCGAUUCCUCGGGGGGAGGGUUUCUUAAGGCCACUUUCAGAUUCUUGAAGAUGGCGGAGUUUGAGAUCCUUUUCGUUCUCUUCUUCAUCGUAGCUUUUAUUGUCUUCAAAGAUCUUACAUCAAGACCAGAGUACAACCAAAUUCUUGUAAAGAAGCCUGAGGGAUUUGAUAUGUGGCCAUUCCAGAUGAUGUAAAAAUGACCAUCGACGUGUCUCUCUCUUUUUUUUUCUUUUUUUUUCUUUUUUUUUUUUUUUGUUGAUUUUUUCCUUAAGUUGAGAGAUGUAAAAAUGUUCAUCAAUAUGUCAGACAGUUUUAUUCGAUAUUAUCGCAAGUGGAAAGACAUAAAAAUGUUCAUGUUGAUAUUGUCAAAGUCAGAUUUUGAA